AUGGCUCACAAAAAAGCUUUGGAAGCGCUGGAUCGUUCAUUGAAAGAUCUCAGGGAUUCCUUGGACAUUUUUGGCGGAUGCGUAGUAUUAUUGAGUGGUGACUUUCGGCAAACACUGCCUGUCAUACCACGAUCGACACCAGCAGAUGAAUUGAAUGCUUGCCUCAAAUCGUCUGUUUUGUGGCGCCAUGUGAAGAAAAUUUCGCUCAAGACGGAUAUGCGAGUUCAUCUGCAACGAGAUGCUUAUGCUCAACGCUUUGCAAGUCAACUCCUAGACAUCGGAAAUGGAAAGAUCCCAAUCGACAAGUCCAAUGGAUGUAUAACUCUCCCGGAAGACUUCUGCACGGUUACAUCCAGUAGACAAGAGCUGAUCGAAAAAAUCUUCCCGGAUAUCGUACUCAGAUACGAAAGCCAUGAUUGGCUAAGCGAACGUGCUAUACUCGCCGCGAAACACUGCGAUGUGAAUGCCGUCAACGCGAGCGUCCAACAAUCGUUGCCAGGCAAUGCGACAGUGUACAAAUCCAUCGAUACAGUUAUCGAUGAGAAUGAGGCCGUAAACUACCCGACGGAAUUCUUGAACUCAUUAGAGCUGUCAGGUAUCCCCUCCCACAUUCUGACGUUGAAAAUUGGCGUUCCGAUCAUCCUCUUGCGAAACAUCAAUCCUCCACAACUAUGUAAUGGAACAAGACUGUCAGUGAAGAAUCUUAUGAAGAAUUUGAUCGAAGCAACCAUUUUGACCGGCAAAUACAAGGGGGAGAAUGUUCUACUACCAAGGAUCCCGAUGAUCCCGAUCGAUUUACCCUUCGAGUUCAAGCGCCUUCAAUUUCCAAUAAGACUUGCGUUCGCGAUGACCAUCAAUAAGGCGCAGGGCCAAUCUCUCCAGGUCUGCGGGCUGGAUUUAGAGAAUUCAUGUUUUUCCCACGGACAGCUUUAUGUCGCUACCUCACGUGUCGGGAAACCAUCUGACUUAUUCGUUUUUGCACCAAAUAGGAUGACCAAAAACGUUGUCCAUCAACAAGUUAUUGAUUAA